AUGCGCGCCGCACCGGCGAGGGUGGGACCGCCCGUGCGCGUCGCGCGCGGGCCCCGACGCGCGGCGGGGCGUCGCUCGAUACGCGGCGUGAGGGUAGAGUGCAGAAACCGCAUCCUGUUCCGCCGAGAGGUUGACGAGAGCGACGACGGCGCCGAGUCCAUCACGCUCGCCCUCGGGGACUCCAGAUCCGAGCACGUCCGCGGGGUCCUCAAGCUCGCCGCGGGCGACUCGCUCCGCGUCGGCGUCGUCAACGGAUCCCCCGCCACCGCCGUCGUCUCGACCAUGGACGCGACGUCCAUGACGCUCACCUGGCGCCCGGGCGUCGAGACCGAUGAUGGAGACACCGCGCGCCGCAGCCUGACGGCGCCGCUCGUGGAUGUGGACCUCCUGCUGGCGAUGCCCAGACCCAAGGUGAUGACCCGGCUCUGGGCGCCGCUCGCGUCCAUCGGGGUGCGAAACGUGUACCUCACCAACGCGUCCCGUGUGGAGAGGUACUACUGGGACAGCACGGCGCUGGACGAGGCGAAAGUUAUUGCAGAGCUGACGCGGGGGAUGGAGCAGAGCGGCGACGUGCGCAUGCCCGGGGUGUGCGUCGUGCGGCGGUUCCCGGCCGCGGUGGACGCCGUGCGCGAGAUGACCGGCGCGCCGCGGCGGGACGGGGGACAGGAACCGAGGGGGCGGGGGGGGCGAGAGGGUGGGGGGAACGGCGGCGGGAUGCCGAGGGAGGGGAGCGCCUUCUGGCUCGUGAAACCCCCGCCCGCCGACGAAAACGACGACGACGCGGAGGUCGUGAUGCUCACCGCGCAUCCGGGCGCGGCCGCGACCGUCGGUGACGCGUUCGGUGACUUGUCCUCAUCCUCCUCCUCCUCCUCCUCGGGGCGUCCUCGGCGGACCCGCGCGGUCGUCGCCGUCGGGCCGGAAGGCGGUUGGACCGACUUUGAGCGGCGUUCGUUGCUCGACGCCGGGUUUGUCGAGGUGGCGCUGGGAAGGCGCACGUUCGCGACGGACGUGGCGUGCGUCGCGCUCGUCGCCGCGGUGAGGGAACGCACGAGUUCGUGGUGA